UGUAUAUAUAGAAUUCCAAGACUCACUUCUCAAAAACAAACACAUCAACACUAAUCUCCAAGCAAUAUAAGAAAAAGACAUAUACAUAGUAAAAGAGUAUUACUAUACAUAUGGAUGUGGUAGCAACAUUGGCGUCACAAAGAGCAGUGGUGAUAUUCAGCAAGAGUACUUGUUGUAUGUCUCAUGCAAUCAAACGUCUGUUUUACGAGCAAGGAGUGAGCCCAGCAAUUGUAGAGAUCGAUCAGAACAUGUACGGUAAAGAUAUCGAGUGGGCCUUGGCUCGUUUAGGUUGCAGCCCUACUGUUCCGGCAGUUUUUGUCGGAGGGAAAUUUGUAGGAACGGCCAAUACCGUCAUGACUCUUCAUCUCAAUGGGUCAUUGAAAAGGUUGCUCAAAGAAGCUGGUGCUUUGUGGCUAUAGUACUUAAUGGAUGUAUUCUUGAGUGAUUUACAUUGUGAUCUUUUUCUUUGAUCUUUGAAAAUGUCUUCACUUUA